AUGAUUCAUCAGUUGACAACAAUACUUCAUGAAAAUUUUGAAUGGUUUCAUUUUCAUUGGAUUUUAUUUCCAGACACCGUUGGAAUCAUGACAUCGUCACCUUCGUCUUGUGAAUUAAUAGAAUUGGUUCACAAAGAAAAUACUGAAAGACUAUCUUCAAAUGAAUUCAAGUUUUUAUUUGAUCAUUAUGCAGAACUGUUUUCUCCAAAUACAAGUGCUGAAAUCAUCCAUUCAUUGUCAAAAAUUCAGUCGUUACGGUCUGACGAUGGAUUAUCACAUUUGAAUCAUCGUAUUAUUUCACUGAUUUAUGAUCGAUUGAUUGAACUUAUUGAAAAAUUUGUUUUAAACAGUGGUACGUUGUCUAACGAUGAAUUUAUUUUAAUGGAAAACUGUCUUGAAUUUAUCUCCAAUGUAUUAAAUUCAGUGUACGACGAGAAUUUAGAUAUUGAAAGCAAUGAGCAUCAUAGUGAUGAUGCCAACAAUGAAGAUGGUAAUCUACGGUUGGUGAUACGAGAAACUUUAUAUCGAGAAAUAAUUCCGUUAAAAGAUUCAUUUCUGAAAUUUAUCAAAUUUCAUAGUUGGAAUAUCAUGGAAAGUUACCAACAUAUUUGGGAAAAAAUAGUUAAGGUUUUAAUUCAACGUGACGCCAUGAUGGUUGCACAAUUGAACUUUAUGAAAAAGGAUGAAUUAUCAAGCCUACAGUAUAAUGAAGAUAAUCAGUUACUUUUUGAUGUAUUUGUUCAAUAUCUGACUUCAAUACAUGGUGCUAGUGCUUAUAUAGAAGCAGUGAAGCGACUUAAUAGUAUAUCGACAAGUGAACAUGAUAAAACUUUAUUAUUUGAUAGUUUUAAUUUUAUUAUUAAUAAUGCUCUUUACACGAAAGAAUCUCGAACGAAAUUUUGUAGUAAUUUUUGGUUACCAAAAUAUGAAAAUUUGUUGAAAGAAUUAUUAGCAAUAAUAGAAAUAAAAGGAAAAGACAAUGACAUUCAACUUAGAUUAAAUGCAAUUAAAUAUUUGAUUAUGAAUCUAAUGAAUAUGCAACUAACAGAAGAAAGUAUUUUCAUGCCAAUAGAAAGACCAGUACAAAACUUUGCAUUGAAAGAUGAAUAUUUGCCAAUAAUCAAAAUGUUACUACCUUGGUUUUCUAACCCAUAUAUUUUGGAAAGUUUAAGUAAAAAUGAUAGUAAUACUGAUUAUGGUAUUAUACCAUUUCAAUGGGAUAAUAAUUAUUACGAAAAUACGAUUCAAACUUUGACAAUUACGUUCGUUACAUGGACCAUAGUACAGUUAAUUCUAAUGUUCAUUAACACCAACGGAGAUUGUCUUGCGGAAGUGAAAUAUACUACUGAAAUAAAAGAAAUAUUAUUGCAAUUUAUGGAUCAAAUAAACAAUGUUAAUCCAAUUAAAUUAUGUGUCUAUAAUAUCCUGGCAUUAUUACUAGAUGAAAAAGAUAUUAAAAAUGGAAUUAGUUUUACAAAAGAAAUAAUUACGACUUUAAUAAACUCUAUACGUGUGGUUAAUAAAGAGUCAACAAUCGGUGAAAUUCCAGCUCUUUUUCGUUUAUACGAUUUGAUAACAUUGUUGACAACACUCAAAGGUAAAUUUGAAGAAACUCUAGAAAGUAGUGUAUUAGUAAUUGAAUCAAUAUUUGAAUUUACUCAAUUGAAAACUGAUUGUCUUCUACAUAAUGGCUUAGAAUUGUUAAUGGAAGUAGCAAUGGAAAAAUCACGGUGUGACAAAAUGCUGCUGAAAUCUAUCUUGAGUAUAAAUGAUGAAUCAACUAUGAAUGUUUUUGACAAUUUAGCAAUUCCAAAAGGUGUACAAAUUAUAUACACUAAGACUAAAAAAGCAACCGAAACGGUAGAACAAUUGGCAUUGGAAUGCUUUUUUACGAUGUCUUUCAAUAUGGAAGCAGCACAGUUAUUGAAAAAUAAUCAAGCAUUUAUGAAUCAUAUUCGACAACUUGCUGAAGAUAAAAAUAAAACAACAAAUCCUGGUCUGAAAAAAGCAGCAGACGGUGUUCUCUGGAAAUUAGAAAAGGAAAAUGAAUUUAAAAAGCAAUAUGAAGAGAUGACAGGAAGCCAAACAACACAAUUUGAUUUUAUGAUAAGUUAUAGUUGGAGUGAUAAACCAUUAGUACGUAAAAUAUACAAGUAUUUAACUGAACAGUGCAAUUAUCGAGUAUGGUUAGACGAAAAUGAAUUGAGUGGUUCUUUAUGUCAAGCAAUGGCACAGGGGAUUGAAAAAUCAAAAAUAAUUCUUUUAUGUAUGUCUGAAACGUAUAAACAAAGCGAAAGUUGCCGUAAUGAAGCCGAAUAUGCACGCGCUCGAAAGAAAACAAUUAUUCCACUGAAAAUGAGAGAAGUUCAAUUGGACGAUUGGCUUGGAUUCCUAGUUGCCGGAAAGCUGUAUAUUAAUUUUGGAAAACACGAUUUUGAAACGAGUAUGGGCUUGUUAAUAAAUGAAAUUGAACGACGGCGAUCUAUGGAACAAACAACUAAACAAACCACAACAUUGAAGAGGUAUUGUAACUAUUUAACGAUAGUUUCUUAA